AUGGUGAGGGUUCUGGCUUUUCUAGUGCUCCUGUGCCUAGUGGCCUUUUCGUUGGCCAAUGGCGCUGAAGCGGGAAAGAGGGUCGGUGUGUACAACCUCAGGAAAGGGAAUUUCUCUGUCAAGAUGACCAACUGGGGCGCCACUAUCAUGUCAAUCACCCUUCCUGAUUCCAAAGGGAACUUGGGGGAUGUUGUGCUGGGUAAAGACACCCUCUCUGAGUAUUUCAACGAUGGCUGCUACUUCGGCCCGCUGACCGGGCGCGUGGCCUACAGAAUUGCCGGGGGCCGGUUCAGCCUCGACGGCAAAUUAUACCACACGUACAUCAACGACGGCAGGAACACAAUCCAUGGUGGUCACAGGGGAUUCAGCAAAGUCAUAUGGACGGUGAAGGAGUACGUUGGCGGCGGCCACUCCCCAUACAUCACAUUCUUCUACCGCAGCUUCGACGGAGAACAAGGAUUUCCUGGAGAUUUGGAGGUGUACGCAACGUACCAAUUGUCGAGCCCGUACACCCUGAGCAUUCGCACGAACGCGACGGCUCUCAACAAGGCCACGCCGGUGAACUUCCUGCAGCACUUGUACCUGAACCUGGGCGGGCAGGGCAGCCGCGACGUGCUGGGCCACACGCUCCAGCUCUCCGCGUCGCGGUACAUCCCGUUGGACGACGAGCUCCUCCCGUCCUCCGGCCGGGUGGUUCCGGUCGCCGGCACCAACUACGACUUCCGGACGCCGACGCCGAUCGGCGCGCGCAUCCGGAAGGUCAGCGGAGGCAAGGGCCUCAUCGGAUACGACACCAGCUAUGUAAUCGACGGGGUGGGCAUGCGGAAGGUGGUGGCGGUCCGGCACAGCGCGUCCGGCCGCGGGCUGGAGCUGUGGGCCAACCAGCCGGCGAUGCAGCUCUACACCGGCAACGGGCUCAACAACACCAUCAAGGGGAAGGCCGGCAAGGUGUACGAGCGGUACGGCGGGUUCUGCUUGGAGACGCAAGGCUACCCCGACGCCGUGAACCACCCCGAGUUCCCGUCGCAGACGCUCAGGCCUGGUCACGUGUAUAAGCACGACAUGGACUACAAGUUCUCGUUCUAACUUUAUUUUUAGGGGAACUCAUUUUUAUUUUGAACGGUUCUGCCU